AUGUGUGGCAGCUACUAUGGAGGCUGUGGCUACGGACGCUGUGGCUAUGGAGGCUGUGGCUACGGAGGCUGUGGCUACGGAGGCUGUGGCUACGGAGGCUAUGGCUAUGGAGGCCUGGGCUGUGGCUAUGGCUCCAGCUAUGGCUGUGGCUUCCGCACCCUGGGCUGUGGCUCUGGCUGUGGCUUCGGAUAUCGCUCCAACUCUCUCUGUGGCUAUGGAUGUGGCUCUGGCUACGGCUCUGGCUUUGGCUGCUACUAA